AUGGAUGAUGAUGAUGAUGAUGAUGAUGAUGAUGAUGAUGAUGAUGAUGAUGAUGAUGAUGAUGAUGAUGAUGAUGAUGAUGAUGAUGAUGAUGAUGAUGAUGAUGAUGAUGAUGAUGAUGAUGAUGAUGAUGAUGAUGAUGAUGAUGAUGAUGAUGAUGAUGAUGAUGAUGAUGAUGAUGAUGAUGAUGAUGAUGAUGAUGAUGAUGAUGAUGAUGAUGAUGAUGAUGAUGAUGAUGAUGAUGAUGAUGAUGAUGAUGAUGAUGAUGAUGAUGAUGAUGAUGAUGAUGAUGAUGAUGAUGAUGAUGAUGAUGAUGAUGAUGAUGAUGAUGAUGAUGAUGAUGAUGAUGAUGAUGAUGAUGAUGAUGAUGAUGAUGAUGAUGAUGAUGAUGAUGAUGAUGAUGAUGAUGAUGAUGAUGAUGAUGAUGAUGAUGAUGAUGAUGAUGAUGAUGAUGAUGAUGAUGAUGAUGAUGAUGAUGAUGAUGAUGAUGAUGAUGAUGAUGAUGAUGAUGAUGAUGAUGAUGAUGAUGAUGAUGAUGAUGAUGAUGAUGAUGAUGAUGAUGAUGAUGAUGAUGAUGAUGAUGAUGAUGAUGAUGAUGAUGAUGAUGAUGAUGAUGAUGAUGAUGAUGAUGAUGAUGAUGAUGAUGAUGAUGAUGAUGAUGAUGAUGAUGAUGAUGAUGAUGAUGAUGAUGAUGAUGUGACACCUAGUCAUCCUCACUCACUCAUGCCUCGAUGGCCCAGAAGUCAGUGGCCACUGGCGGAUUCAGUCCUACGAGCCACCACUCCACCAUCAUCACCCUACCCACCCCUCACGGACCUUGCAUCCAUACUCCUAGCACUCCACGCUCAAUCAUCAUGCACCCUCAUUUGA